CGCGAAUCCGCCGGCAGUAACGAUGAGUUUGCCCAGCGGUGUGGACAUGACUGCUGCCCUCAUGUCGCAGCAUCCCGCCGUACUCGGAGGCCUGUCUCCCGCGUUCUUCUUGCAGCGAGCGUCCGAGCGGUACCAGCGAACGCCCAAGUGUGCCCGGUGCAGGAACCACGGUGUCGUGUCCGCCCUCAAGGGACAUAAACGCUACUGUCGUUGGAGAGAUUGUGCCUGUGCAAAAUGUACUUUGAUAGCAGAAAGACAGAGAGUUAUGGCUGCUCAAGUAGCUCUAAGACGGCAACAGGCUCAAGAGGAAAACGAGGCCAGGGAACUUGGAUUGAUAUACCCACCACCAUCGUCGUCAUCUUCAGCUGCUGCUAGAUCGAGUCCAGACGAGAAAAGAGCACGUCUCAGUUCGGAAGAAUCCAUUACGGCAAAACACGACCAGACGAUCGGAACACAAGACCAAAACACGCGAAGCCGCUCAUCCAGCGUGUCUCCAAACGCCCCUACCCAAGUAACGUCCACACAGUUUGCCGCCAAAUUCAAUAGUCCAACGAGAUCAGAGGUGGAAAGCAACGAGAGCAGCAAUGAAGCCGCCCCAGAAAACCUGUCGUUGCCCAAACGGAGAGACUCCAGUUCGCCGACCGAACCUGACCGUUCCCGGUUGCCGUCGAACUAUCCAAAUUUCUCCAGUUUCCUGGAAACGAGCGCCGCGGCCGCCGCAGCAGCAGCCGCCGGAGUCAACUCCGCCGGACGUUCGGCUGUCGAUGUGCUCAGACGCGUUUUUCCGUACAAGAGACGAGUGGACAUCGAGAACGUGCUGCAGAGGUGUAACGGCGACGUAUUACACGCAAUCGAACUCAUGAUGUGUUCUUCGGAUCAGCUGCCGACCAUGGCGCAUCCGUCGCUCAUGGACUCGCACUCGGCGUUCUCGCCCAUGUCCGCAGCCGCGGCAACGGUGUGCACGGCCGCGGCCGCGAUGACGUCGUUCCACCAUCACCACCACCAGCAACAGCAACAGCAGCAGCAGCAGCAGCAGCAGCAACAACAGCAGCAACAGCAGGCGCCGCGCUUCCUCACCGCGCCGAUCCACCACUAUCUACAGCCGCAACUACACCACCUCACCGCCGUUCACCCGCACGCCAUGACCUACCAGUCGCACCACCUGAACCAGGCGGCGACGUCGCCGCGGUCGCCGUCACCCGGUUCCGACAAGACGUCGUACUCGGACUGAUGAAAACGCACCGCAGCGCCGCCGAGUCCGCACAGCCCGUCCGCGCACAUCCGUUCGUCCGAAAAUCUAUCCAUCCGACCGUCGGUCGAUCGAUCCGUCGGCACCAAUGCGUAGAGAGCAACGAUAUCACGACUGCAGGCCUGUAUAAUAUGAUUUUUGAUGAAAAAGAAAAACUAAAAACAUUAUUAUUUCCGGAGGUGAAUGCGCGCUAAGGCGACGGCACAGCUUCCGGAAAUCUACUUCCUAACCUACUCCUCCUCUUCCUGCUCUUUCACCCCGUCCUUAUCGACAUAGGUGCGUACACGACGUAAGUAUACGUCGUACGGUAAAUACGGAUAAUUUAUCGACGCGCGUAUACAUAUAUUACAUCACUUAUAGAAAACGUGAUAGACGUCGAACUGUUGCAGAGAUGAACGCGAACGAAUACUCUUGAGUUGUCCGAGUACCGCGUAAAACCGAUUACUGUUUGUGAAUAAUUUCAACGCGUGCAGAUCUUCCUCGAGUACCUUUUUUUUUAUACAUAUAUAUAAUAUAUUACAGUACUUAUAUAUGACAUAACGCGUUUUGUAAGAUACAUUUUCAAACAAAAGUUAUUACAUUUUUAUAAUAAUUACGUGUACCUUGCAUACCUACAUAGCAUUACAUAUAGGUAUGGUUGCUUUGAGAAAAUCGUUUUUUAUAGUUUUAGUGUAAUUACAUAUAAUGUAUAAAGAAAUAAAAAUCAGCUAAACGUUUGUACAUGUACAUAAUAUAUUAGAAAACCAGUUAUAGCGCAAAAUUGAAAUGUAUUUGAAUAUUAUUUAAAAUGUUCGCCAUCUCAUUAUAUAAGGUAAUUCUUUCAAACAAUAUUAUUAUUAAUAACAUAUUAUAGUCAUAUAAUAUAAAAUAUAAUGUGUACAUUCAUAUUACUAUAUUAUGUUAUAUUAUGUUGUUACACACAUACACGCUUGCAGUUAAUUCUCCAAUCCCGCAUUGCUGUGCACUGUAUUGUGUGUAUAUACCAACGAUGUAUUAUAAUAAACUGUGUACCUAUUGCAGUUGUGUAUUACGUAUUACUUAAUAUCAAUGCGCAAAUUAUACCAAUAUUGAUAUUAUGUCAACUGUAAAUAAUUACAAUAUAAAACUCAAUAUAAUUAAUAUUAUAUAAUAUAUAUAUAUAUAUAUAUUAUAUACAUUUA